CAAAUUACAGCUUCGUGAGAAAUGGCAACAUCUCAGCCCUCUUGCAUUACCCCUAAAACUUAUUUCUAAUACAAUAUUUUGAAGUUAUCCCACAGGCAUGUUUUAAAAGUAGACAAUGGUUCUCAUAAGCAAAAAAACAGAGCUGCAUUUAGUCAGAGAGCAUGAAAUUGUAAUCGAAAUCUGAAGCCACGUCUCGAACAAAACCGAACUUUAGAAAAAGCGGUAGUUGCUAUAAACAUUUCAAGAUGGCGGAGUGCGGAGGAGCUUCGGCUGCCGCCAGUGCGCCGAGGUUUAAUAAGAAAUCUUUCGAAUUUAGGAUGUGCAAGAAGGUUGCUGAGCUGACACAAGUUGUCCACAUGCUCUUCGUGAAGAACCACGAGAGAGAGGUGGAACUGGAGAGCGUGAAAAUGGCCUACGAGGAAGAAAUUGCCAGCGUUAUUGCCGACGCCCGGAGCAAAAUUGAGAAGUUGCAGCAGUCGUUGGCAGCCGAACAGAGGAGGAGUGACAGCGCCAAGAAAGGCUUCGAGCAAAACUUGGAAGAGAAGGAGAAGCAGCUGUCACAGAAGCUGGCAGAAAGCGGGGUCAAGGUCAGGGAACUCCAGAAGGACAAUGAAUUUCUGAGAGAUCAAGUUGUGAGACUUCAGAGAAUUGUUGAGGAUUCUGAGUCGACCCAAGCGGUGGCGGAGGAAGAUGAGUUGAAACUCUUUCAGGAACAGCUCGAUCUGGCCCGUGCCGAAAUUCAAGAGAAGACAGGAAAACUCAGCAGACUCCAGGAGAUGAUUGGAAAUGAAGCUGAUCAACGCAGAGAAAAUGACGCCAUCGUCAGCAGACUCAAAAGCGAAAUGGAACAAAUGCAGUUCGAACUGAGCGCACAGAUGGAAGACUUGAAAAAUGAACUGCUGGACGCUAGCAAUAGUAAGGAAAAACUCCGUCAAAAGAAUAAAAACCUGGAAUCAGACAUCCGAAACCUAAAAAAAGAGCUGGAGACACGACGGCUGUCAGAGUUUAAUCCCGCUCCAAGGUCUUCUCUGCAGUCACCACCAAGCAUGGAUACCAGUGAAGAGUUAGAACGCCUACGCCGGGAGGUCCGCAUGUACCGAAUGGAGCUCAGCAACCGAGAGGGUAACUUUAAUCGGAUGUUCACAGACAGCUUGCCGGUGCGCAUCGACCAGCGGGCCGGGGUAGUAGGGCGGGAAGGAACCGGCCGGACAUGAACAUACACCUACAGUCGGGCAGAUCUCAGAUGGUUGGUAACCGCACUCUGAAAGAUUCAAACGGCAACUCACAGUACAGACCAGGAUUGAACCGGCUCCCGACCCUGUCCAUGGACAGCCGACAGAGGGUGACAAACAGCCGCAGUGGUGGGAGACACCACACGCUGACUGGAUCCCCACGAGAGAGGCAGACUAACAGCUACUCUAUGCCAGGCUUCCAUUGAAGGGGACCAGUGAACUUAAAUUACCAUGUAGCAUGGAAAACCUUCACCCUUCAGGAAAUUCCUGAAACUACACAAUAUGCUCCACAACUCACUGCCUUAUUCUCCUUGAGCAGAAGCACCCCCUCAUCGGUUGAAAAGAGCCAUGUUGGUGGAGAGUGCUCAUUUUGUUGGUAAAGAUGCGACCAUAACGCCUGCAUGUCAUAGUUGUUUGUGAACUAGCGGAGUGCAAUUCCUACCAAAGGAGCCUCCGUUGCUGGGAUAAUAGCACCCUCUCUUGACCCAGCUCAGUGCUCAUAGGUUUCACGCACAAGUUACCCUUUGCAGAGUUACACUGGAGAUGAGACUUCACUCACAAGAAUGAAUUGGUUCUCAAUGGCGUAAUAAUCUGGUUACAAUUUUGCAUCAGGAUAAUUCAACAAAGAAUUGGCCACAUCAGUGAGAGUACAUUGACCCAAAAAAUAUCAAUUUCUACACAGACAAUAAGGAGGUGCCAAAUUCAGUAGCAUUGUUGGGGGGGGGGUGGCCCAAGCUUAGCUCUGUUUUGUAAUACAUUGUGAUUGCUGAGGCCACAUCGUUGCUUUCCCUUGCUUGGAAUUAGUAACGCCAUGCUCACAAUGAACUGCCUCCAAUGUCCAAACAAGUCUCUUGUCAUUCCUGUUACCAUGGUACCUUAAACAUACAGAUCCCUGAAAAAUGCCUCUGCAAAAUGACAGUAGUCUCCCUCGCCACACCCCCAAAAUCACCGUAGCGUCUUUCGCCACACACCAAAACAUUUUAGCCACGUCGGCCCCACACCAAAAUUGUUCAGGGAUUAAAUGACUGCAAUAUUAAUUGUCACUAACAAAGUGCCUUUCAUUUAAAGAUGCGGCCCUCUUCAGCUGAUCUUGAGUGAAAUCCAAGCCAUGCUCUACAAUAGUUGAGCUGCAGUACGCCGAUCUCAGAUUUUAUAUACAUGUACUUUUUAUAUUUUCCUUUAAUUUGUGUUUGAUUGCUCUUUUGACACAUUUUGAUUUGAAUGACUUUUUAAAAGCUGUUGUAAAUUAUUUUACAUUGAAUUCAAUUUCCUACAGAUGAAAUAGAAAGGAAAGCAUAGGAAGUGCUUUGUUGGCAAUUUUGAGUAAUCAGGAGUAAAGAAAUCUGUUAAUUUUAUCAGGAGAGCGUAAUUUAUAUGCCCUUAAUGUACCCUUGUGUGAAUUAUUUCACCUUGGAUUUUAAAAAUUUUGCAAGUUUUUAAAUGUUUCCAUUGUGCAUUUGUUAAUGUACAAAUAAGUUCAGGUGCUGUGUAUACUCAUGACGUUAGUGUUAUCUGAAAGAAAUAUAGUUUCCACUUUGACAAGGAAAAUGCAUUUCCUAAUAACAAUGAAUAUGCUUUUUAUUAAAGUUUUGGGUUAAAUCAUUAUAAGAAAGUCAAAAGUAGUAUUUAUUGUUUGUAUGAUAUACGCCCAAUAAAUGAGCAAGUGGC